UCAUUACUUUAAUUGCAAUACACCAAACCUGGUUCUUUGAUUACAGAUUCGCAAGAUUUUUAUUUUAUUUUUCUCAUUUUCCGAGAAAUGAAAUUUGGAUCGAACCGAUGCGCCGAGAAAAAGCUCUUCGAAAGCUCGGAGAGUCGAGAGAGAUGAAAUUAAAAAGAAAAUAGUCGCAUUAUAUUGCCCCCAAUGAAACCCCAAAUUUUUCUUCAACAUCCCGCAAGUGAGUGUGCUGAGCACUCGCUUUGUCCGAUCAUUGGGUGAGAGUCAUUCACCAGUUGGGGCCGAAACACAACUGGAAUCUGUUCGUUCUUAUUCAUUGUGGUCUUUAAGAAGAUCCCACAAAAUCAAAAUUCCAUUUUGGAGCAAUCCCAGAAGAAUCGAUUUCGGUUUUGAAUGUGGGUCUCGGUAUUAACUGGUUGUCGGUCGAUCGUUGAUGCUUUCCAGAUGGGAAAGACUGCUGGAGCUGGUUUCUGGAGCGGCGAGAUUCGAUGGCUCUGUUAGGCUAGGGGUUGUCUCAGAUAACAGCCGCGACCUGAAGAAGAGGCUGCGGAUUCGAGGAUGCGGCUUCACUUUUCGCCUAGCAUGAGAAGCAUCACGGUCUCGACCAGUAAUGGGUUUAUUGACUUUAUGAAGAUCAAAGUUGCAGCUCGUCACAUCUCUUAUCGAACCCUUUUCCACACUAUUCUCGUUCUCGCUUUCUUGUUGCCCUUCGUCUUCAUUCUCACUGCUGUCGUUACGCUUGAAGGUGUCAACAAAUGCUCCUCCUUGGAUUGUUUAGGUAGGACAUGGGGACCUCGGCUUCUUGGUAGGGUUGAUGUUUCAGAGCAGAGGUUGGUGAGUGACUUUUACAAGGUCUUCGACCGAGUUAACAUUGAGGAAAUCCCAGAUGGUCUAAAGCUUCCAGAUUCAUUUAGUCAAUUAGUUUCAGAAAUGAAAGAGAACCAUUAUGAUGCAAAAACAUUUGCUUUCAUCCUAAGGGCCAUGAUGGAGAGAUUUGAAAAGGAGAUCAGGGAAUCUAAGUUGGCAGAGCUCAUGAACAAACACUUUGCAGCUAGUUCAAUUCCCAAAGGCAUCCAUUGUUUAUCUUUGCGUUUAACUGAUGAAUACUCAUCAAAUGUUCAUGCUCGCAACCAACUGCCUCCUCCAGAGCUACUUCCCUUGCUCUCUGAUAACACGUACCACCACUUUCUUCUGUCAACUGAUAAUAUUUUGGCAGCUUCAGUUGUUGUCAACUCUGCUGUGCAAUCAUCUCUCAAUCCCGAAAAGAUAGUUUUCCAUGUCAUCACAGACAAGAAAACUUACGCGGGGAUGCACUCUUGGUUUGCUUUACACCCAGUCUACCCAGCCACUGUAGAAGUGAAGGGUAUUCACCACUUUGACUACCUGACGAGGGAAAACAUUCCAGUGCUUGAAGCUGUGGAGAACCAGGAAGGAAUCAGAAAUUACUACCAUGGCAAUCAUAUAUCAGGGGCCAAUCGGAGUGAUACAACUCGAAUGUUUGCCUCAAAAUUGCUGAUUCGAAGUCCGAAAUACAUAUCCUUACUUAACCAUCUUCGCAUGUAUAUACCUCAGCUCUUCCCAAAACUAGACAAGUUGGUCUUUUUAGAUGAUGAUGUUGUAAUUCAACGUGAUCUGUCUCCACUUUGGGACAUUGACCUCGAGGGAAAGGUUAAUGGAGCAGUUGAAACUUGUAAAGGUGAUGAUGAGUGGGUUAUGUCGAAGCGAUUCAAGAUCUACUUCAAUUUCUCUCAUCCCCUCAUAGCUGAGCAUUUAGAUCCUAACGAAUGCGCUUGGGCAUACGGCAUGAACAUUUUCGAUCUUCGUGCAUGGAGAAAGUCAAAUAUAACAGAAACCUACCAUUGGUGGCUGAGAGAGAACCUAAAGUCAACCCUGACAUUGUGGAGGCUGGGUACACUUCCACCGGCCUUGAUUGCAUUUAGAGGUCACAUUCAUCCAAUUGACUCUUCAUGGCACAUGCUUGGCUUGGGCUAUCAGAACAAAACAAUCCUUGAGAAUGUGAAGAAAGCUGCAGUUAUUCACUAUAAUGGCCAAUCUAAACCAUGGCUGCAGAUUGGCUUUGAGCAUCUCCGGCCAUUUUGGACCAAGUAUGUCAACCAUUCUAAUGAUUUCAUUCGAAAUUGCCACAUUUUAGAGUCGUAAUUCUCGAACUACAGGAGAUUAAAGGUAGAGACAGGUAGCGAAACGAAGGAAACUAUGUGAGUUACUCUGAAACUGUUACUACUUGGGUUAAGAAAUUUGGAGUUUUACAUACAUGGCAACAGGAUGCAAUGAGGCACCAUUACGCCAUGUUUUAGGUUGAGCGAUGUCACGGUAUGCCUACGAGUCGUGACCAGGAUCUUCGUGCUCGCAUGAGCAUGGGAUUCACUCAUUAGUGUGUAAUGUAGCAAUCACUUGGCCUUAGUGCCGAUGAUUCUGGUAUUAUUAGUUCUUCGUGCAGGGAUCUCACCACGGUUCCCAGGCGUAUAUUUUGGAAUAUAGCAGAAUACAUACGAUACAGAACAUCCCAUCACAUUGCUGUUAUCUAUCAAGGUGCAAACAAGGUUAUGACAGGUCUCUCAGUGAGUGUUUCUCGAAAUGAUCGGUCACCCAACAUUAUUUUCCGCCCUUCAUCUUUUAUUUUUCAUAGUACCGUACCACAUUUUCUGCUUUGAAUGGAUAUUAUAUGGCGACAACAAAGUCUGGCUCCUGGGAGAUUUAUCAGCUAUUGGUUCAUUGGAUUGAAGAAUUCUUCUUAGAUGAUUGAUUAUGUUUAUUUAGAUUGGUUCUGUACGAGACACAUUUCAAAAUGUGAAGAAAAUUCUUUCCAUUCAGUCCCAUCUACCAUUAUCAUCAUGUGGAAAAAAGGGACACAAAAAGAGAGCAUUUUUCGUACCAACAUGUAAUGUAAUCAAGUUCUAAAUAUCAAGUUUAACUUGGAUUCUCUUAA